AUGACUUUAGACAAUUACGAGAUUUUUGCUGACCCACGUGCUACAGCAGCCACAACCACUAUUCAUGAUGAAGAAGAAGCGGAUUUAUCGGUAAGACGAGGGGGUUUAAAGAAUCAUUCAAAACGAACAAAGAAAGCUGCUUUUCGUUCAACUACUACGAACAACUACCCCGAUGAUGUGAACCGUUUACCAACAACACAACCAAGAACUGGAAGAAAAACUACAAAAACUAAAUUACCUGCAAUUGACCGAGGAAUAAUAUUCAGCAGAUGGUCAGCCUACGACAAAAACAGAGCGGCUAGAACCCUGGAAGAACAUUACGAGCAGGUUGUUCUGGCAUAUCCAAAAUUUGGAUAUAUACAAAAGCCACUAUAUGGAAAAAAUUUCGAGUAAGUUUGUAAAUUGCAAGACAAAAAAUGGUACAGAUCACAUGCGUUACUCUCACACAAAAGAGCCUAAUUCCCGUGUAAAAGCAUCAUUCUCGUUGCAUAGGCAAGAAAUCGUUUCCAUGAAGAGAUAGAAAAUUCUAGUGAAGGUAGC